CUGUGCAAGCAAGCGGUGCGACGACAAUUGUUAUGUGAGGAACAGUUUCGAACGGACUCUUGUCCUGUUUCGUCUUGUCCUAUUGAAGUUUACUUCACGGUUCCGGAUUACGUGUCGAAAGGUCUGCGGACACGCCGUUCAAGCGCGUUUACGCGACGCGGUCGCGCUGGCCUCCGGAGGCGAGGCGACGAAACGUCGGAGAGGAGGUGCACGGUCGCGCGGACGUCACGAAUUCCCUGGAGGAAAAGAUCAGGCGAAGGUGAUCGACGCGAGACGACGAGACGCGUUUAGCCAACGACGCGUGUUACGCAACGUGUGACGCGACCGAUGCACCGUUGAUCGUCGUGCAGCGUCUCUCUUAACGGUUACCUGCGAGGGUGAGAUCUCCGUCCGUGCGUUCGAUCAGUCGAUCACGAUGACGGUGCAUCAUCUCCGCGUGGUACGACGGAGGUUAUGACGACGUAUGGAUAAUCGUUCCGCGUUCGAAUGCGAACGUGAACGUGUGCGACAAUCGGCUGGAAGUACACGACGUCCAUCAUACAUGUAUGUUCGACGACGGUACCUGGCCAACGUUAACGGGACGUCGACGCGAUUCGACCCGGCGUGCACCGUUUUCUUGCAAGCGUGGUGCGCAGAGAGCAGGUCGAGAGAGAAAAGCAGAGGAAAGAGAGCAUUGUGAUCAAAUCUACGAGUCGUCACAACCCAUGUUGUGGUUGUGAUUACAGAUAAUUCCUGUUGAUUCGAUCGCCUAGUCAACUACAAGGAAACUUAGAACGAUUCCGUUUACGUCUCGGAGCACUACGGGAUUCUCGUAGAGAAUCUUGGAGACGCGUACGAGAGAACAUUCGGCUCUCACGGCAUCUCCAACGGCUUGGACAGUCGUAUCAUCGUAUCAUCGCAUUUCGUCGCAUCGUGUUGCGUCAUUCGCGCCUACGGCGCCAUUUUCCUGGACGAGCGGCGUGAAAUUAGACAGCGGCGGGACUUCAGUGCGUGCCGUGUCUUGUGCUCGCGCCCCUCUCCCUCGCUGUCUUAUCCCCUCGCUGGGUCUGUUCGAGUCACGCCGCGACGGUCGAGACUCUACAGUGUAGAGUCUACACACUUUUCGAUCACUGGUAGAUUGUGUACACACAUAAAUGGCGGCUGACGAACGAUGGUAUUUCACAAGAGAGCAGCUUGCAAACUCGCCGAGCCGAAAAUGCGGCGUCGACGCGGACAAGGAGUUGAGAGAUCGGCAGCAGGCUGCAAAUUUCAUUCAGGACAUGGGACAACGGCUUGUAGUGUCACAAUUGUGCAUCAAUACAGCGAUAGUGUACAUGCAUCGAUUCUACGUGUUCCAUUCACUCACACAAUUCCACAGAAACGCUAUUGCUGUGGCAGCGCUCUUUCUAGCGGCAAAAGUAGAAGAACAACCAAGGAAACUGGAACAUGUUAUCAAAAUGGCAUAUAUGUGUCUUCACAGAGAUCAACCUGUACCUGACACCAGGUCGGAGCAAUUUCUCGAGCAAGCACAAGAUCUGGUGUUCAACGAGAAUGUUCUCCUGCAAACGUUAGGAUUUGACGUUGCCAUUGACCAUCCACAUACUCAUGUUGUUAGAUGUUGUCAGCUAGUAAAAGGUAGAGAAUUGCCAUGUCCUUAUGAAAAUGAACGAAAGUGGAAUCUUUCUGUUCUAGCGAGCAAGGAUUUAGCUCAAACAUCGUACUUUAUGGCUUCUAACAGCUUACAUUUAACUACAAUGUGUCUGCAGUAUAAACCAACAGUAGUUGCUUGUUUCUGCAUACACCUCGCGUGUAAAUGGUCCAACUGGGAGAUUCCACAAAGUACUGAAGGUAGACAGUGGUUCUGGUAUGUUGAUAAAACCGUCACGAAAGAUUUACUUCAAGAAUUAACAACCGAAUUUCUCCAUAUAUUUGAUAAAUGUCCGUCGAGAUUAAAACGGAAAAUUUUAAGCAUCUCUGCAAGCCAGAGCCCAAGUACUCAUCAUCCGAGUCUACCUUCUCCAUUUGAUGCUGAACCACGUAGAAUACAAUCAUCACCGCCAUUGGACGGUACUGUUGCCGCCGCUGUUGCACAUUUCAGUCGUUCUCACCACGUCCCAGAAAGUUCCGCCGUUGCCCAUUCGAGUCGCUCCCAUCACUCAGGGGAAGGUAUCGCGAGUACUUCCGCUGCCGUCGCUGCUCAUUCAAGUCGUUCCCAUCAUGUGGUGGAUGGUAUCGCUUCUACCUCUACCACCGCUGUUACUGCCCACUCGAGUCGCUCUCAUCACACGCUGCAAGAAAAACAAGAUGAGAAGAAAACCGGAACUGUCGCAGGAUCGUCGAGAGGAACCGCGAUAGAUUACCGAGAGUAUCGUGAGAAAAAAGAGCGAGAACGUCUGGAGCGGGAGAAGGCAGCCGCCGCUAUCGGAAGUCAUAUCACCGAUUCUAAUAAGCCUCAUUCGCACCAUCAUAAGCCAGUGUCGAGUACACCAAGUAUUCCGAGCAAGCAUCAGAUACUGUCUGUGCAAAAGGGCAUUGGUCUUCAUCAUAAUCAUCAUCAUCGGCCGGACAUGAAGGUUAGCCAACCUGUGCCGCAGAGACACUCAACUGGUAGUCAACCUAAUCGUGAUCCGAGUAAGCAAAGAUUAUCGAGAGAACAUAAUACCGGCAUGACUGGCGCAAAUGCCGGCAUCGCACACUCGCAUUCUCAUGCCAAUUUAGAUAGUUCCUCGUCCGAAUCCUUAUCUCAUAGAUCGGACAGUAGUGCCGUGCAGAAUUCUACAUCCUUGACGCAUAGUAGUUUGCAAGAAAAAAUGAGUAAUAAUAAUAAUCAUACUGGACAUAGACUGAACGCGCUUGACAACAAGCAUCAGGCGCAUGAUAAGAGGUUAUAUCUAGGUGAAGAUCCAAGAUUAAAAUCGGCCAAGUACGCGGAUAUGAACAGAAUAGAAAAUCAACGACGAAAGACGGAGACGCUGGAGCAGAGAUGCGAAGAAGUACGGAAACUGAUCGAGAAGCCAUUACCACCGCCUAAGCAAGCGGACAUACCAUAUUUGAUAAACGCGCAGCAAAAACAGCAGACGCAUCACGCCAAGUACAAUCAGCAGCAGGACAAAGGCAGCUCACUCGCGAGUGAUAUGAAGCACUUGGCAAUUGCUAACCAGAACGCGCUUCCGCAAGGCAUGUCGCCAAGCGCUUUGUCAUCCCAGAAGUCCGCACCUGUAAAGACGCAGAUGUACAGAGAGCAUGCGCAGGGUGUAUCUCAGAUCUUGAAAGACAUUAUAAAAAACGAGAAUUCUCAGUCUUCUUUAAGCACAUUGAACAACAUGGAUGACAUAAAGUCAGAGAAGCGAUCGCGAUCAAUGGCGCACGAAGAAUUUGCUGAGAGAAAUGCUACUGACGUUCAACAGAGUAACUUGCAUACACCACCUGGCAAACACAGAUCGUUGUUCAGCCCAGAGACGCCAAUCACAAGAGAAUUGCACACGACGAGCGUAAGACCUAAAUCGAAACAGAAAACGCCACCCUCCGCAGCAACCAAAAUCAAACAGGAACGUGCAUCGCCGAAUACACAAGACUCGUUAAUGGCAAAACGACCGUCUAACGAUGGCGCACAUAAGAGAACCCGAACAUCGAGUAUCAGCGAGAGCGAACAGCUGCUGAAGAAAGAAAUAAAGACAGAACCAGAUGCAACUAGUUUGGAAGCGAUGAAGAUGCUUGGUCGUGUUCCCGAUCUAAUCCAACCGUUACGCGACAAUCCAUCGUCAAACGGUAGAACGGUAGAUAGCCAAUUACCUACUCAGCAGAUGCAUCAAGAACAAUUGCAACACCAGCAACAGCAGCAUCAGUUACAAUCCGUUCAACAUCCGUUGAUGGAUCAUCAAUUACGAGUGACCCAAUGUUUGUCGAUUGCAAGCGAUAGUUUUACACCAAUAGCUUCGACUGUUGAUAUCAGUGUUCUUUCCGACAAUGUAUCAAUGACGCUACCAAGUAACAUGGUGGAAUUGCCUGUUCCGGUAGUCUCCACGGUAACGACUGCUCCUCCGAUCGAAGAGAAGAAAUCGGAGCACCACAAGAGUGAGAAAAAGAAAAAGAAACACAAGCACAAAGAUAAAGAGAAGAGUAAGGAGAAGCAUAAGCAUAAACAUAAGGAUAAAGAUAAAGAGAAACAUCGCGAAAAAAAGAAUAAGGAAAAAAGCGAGGAAACCCCAGUGACAGCACCCAUCAAAAUUACGAUUCCCAAGGACAAAUUGAACCUCGGCACGGAAGCAUCGCCAACCGUGAUUGGCGGAAGUACCAGCUCCUCUGAUAAAAAUAUAUCGCCGCAGAGCACGGGUCUAAAAAUCAAGAUUCCCAAGGAACGACUCAAAGGUACCGAUAACGUGCCCAGUUCAUCGCCCGCCCAGCCAUCGGUGGUGCAAGGUCCGCUAAAGAUCAAGAUACGUACCGAUCUCGGUAUUUCAAGGAGUUCCGCGACACCGACAACACUACUGUCGGCGUCGAACGGCUCAAGUAGUAUACACAUGCUCUCUGAAUCAUCUACUAACGAAACGAGCCGAAAGCGCGAGCGAAUCGAGAUAAUGGGCGAAAACACGAGCAGUGGUAGCUUCCCACCUACGAAGAAACAAGCAUUGAUGGUACCUGCGACGAGUUACGGCCAGGGCCACCGACCCGGAGAACGGCAGAACGGCAGGCAUUAUAACUCCGGCAGCAAUAAUAAGGACAGACACGCAUCCAGUCAUCACAAAAGCUCCAGUAAGCUACCACAAUCUCAACAGUCCUAUGUUGGGUAGUAUGGCUGGCUAUUUGGCUCACUGAAGGUGGCUCAAGAGGAUUUCUUGAACAUGCCCUGACUGGACUGAAGAGGAAAACUUCCACGAACGAGAAAUUUUGUUUUGUUUUGUAUCCCUUGCGUAUCUUCCGAUAAAUGUUCUGACAAGGACAGGGUCGAAACUGAUUUGUUGUAGAAAAUAGUUUUCCGUAUUAAAAAUUCUGAAACCUCACUUCAGACAACGCUACUUUUUUAGGCGCCGAAGGAUUAGCUUUUGCAAUAACCGCAUUUAAAAAGAAACACCCUUGACUUAACGGCUCUUCUUUUUUUACGAGAUACAGAUGUUUGCAAUACAUAAUAUUCAGAUAUACCUUGAGAUAUAUUCUCGGGAAAAUAUCUGUGAAAUAUAUAUCAGGCAUAUCUAAUUUAUCGUUAUAUCCUACGUUUUGACCGCUUGAUAAGGAUCAUUUCUAUUCGGUUUUCUUUUUUAUUCUCGCAUUUCUUUUUCUAGAUUUUUUUCGACGAGUAAAAAUGUCCUAAUAGAUUCCUAGAAUUGUUUUAAUAAGACGUUUCCAGAAAUGGGAGUAACAGUGUUAUUUGUCGCACUGUUAUCGUUGCCGUUUUUUCUAAAUCUCGUAAAGAGAACUUUGCUUAAAAAAAAUAAAAAGCUUAUGCAAUGUUGGAGUAAUUUAUCACUCUAACGAGAGUAAAAAUUAAUUCCUGUACCGAAAGGACUUUUAUUCAGGAACAAGCUAAAUUUUUACUUUUUUAGAGUGACUUAUUAUUCUUUACGAGAUUUUAUAGCAUAUAAAAAUAAUGAUAAUCUUAAUGGGGCGUUAUAAAUAACACAUUACUUUCUAUCCCUGGGCGUUUGAUAAUCCUUAAUUGUUGUGAGAUAAAUGCAGAUAACAUUGUGGAUAAUAUCUGUAUAUUCUCAGUUAAAAUUAAUUAAAAUUUAUGACGAAAUGCGUGAUAUAUUGAUGCAAGUGACACUAUAACGACAUACUAUUUAACGCUUUGUUAUUUUCUAUGCAAGUUUUCAUUUAUUUCUUACAGCACAGUCUCAGUUUUAUUUUAGUGUACAUCUCUAUACAUGUUCCAAGUAAUUGAUAACACAGGUCGAUAUUAAAUGUGGAACAUUUCAUAUGGAAAUGUAUCAUUUUCCAUAGAUUUUUUAUUCUUACUUUGCUUAAAAAAUGUAGAGCAAUGGUAAAUCCCAAUAUACACGAUAUUCAUACAUUUUUCAUCUAGCUAUAUUCCUGAAAGUUGAGCAAUCCGAAAUCAAAUCAUGCGUUUGGACCGUUUCUUUAAUAACCUACUUCUGAAAAAUCUAACAUGAUACAAAAAUUUCAUUCCGUAUCCAGAAAUGACACAUCUUAUCCAUAUUGCAUAAUACCGACCUGUGUAAUAGAUAGCAUUUUAUAGUUGGUAAUUUCCCAUUAAGAAGAAAAUGACUGCCGUAUUUGCUAGACUGAAAGAAAUAUCGAAGAAGUUCUUUAACUUUUAGCUCGCUUGAGUAACGAAGCGUUAAAUCAGAGGAAGUUAAUAUAGUGUUUUAGCGUAAGAUCGUUCUCGAAAAAGAGAAGAGGAAAAAUAAAAAUAGGAAAGAAAUUUUGUGUUGAAGAAUCGUAAAGGCAGUCCUAAUAAGAAUCGAAGGACAUACACAGUUCUUUCUUCACACCAUUACGUCGCCUUAGUGGUAAUUCAUAUUUAUCUUGCCGUUCUUCCCCAGGAAGAACGUGAAUGUUCAUCGCCGAAUAUUGGCCUGUAAAUUGAUCUUCGAUCAGGUUGGUUCGUUGCAGAGGUAAAUUUGGCAAAUUUAGGAUUUUAAUUUAAAUAGCUAAAAUGUAGUCAAAUUUGAAUAGAUUAGUAUAGAAACAAUCCGAUUGCGCGAUUUGAUUUCGAGUCGCUCGACUUUCGGGACUAUAGCUAAAUGAAAAAUUCAUGCGUAUCUUGGAAUUUACCGUGGCGCACGAACUUUAGAUUUUUUAAAUAAAGUAGGACUAUAUUAUUACAUUACUACGGUUAAGAGUUAUUUACGAACUUCGAAUACGUUAUGCAUUUAACAAUGCCUUAUUUCCAGGCUGUGUUUUAAUUUGAUAUUGUCCAUUUCGUUUCUCUUCAUUGCGCAUCGCAUUUAGACGAUGGUGCCCAUAAAAGAGUCCAUUUAUAUUGACCUCACAAUGACUCAACGUUUCUCAAAUCUCCGGUUCUGAUGAUUCUCACCUCAAUGCUGCUUUAUUUUGUUACUGAUUGUUCCGCGAGGUAAAUUUACGACCGAAUGUCUCUACAACGAAACGAUCGAUUCAAAUUAAGGAGGAACAAAACACGCAUACACAUGACACAUUCACACACACAUUAUACGCAUACACGUACACACGAUGAUGAUAUUUAUAUUAUCACCGUAUUAUCGUGUAAAUAGUUCCCUACCUGCAUAAUAUAUAGUAAGUAAACGUCAUAUGUGCUCUAUCGCGUAAUUUAGUAUAAAGAAUUGUAAGGUAAUAUUGAUAUUAUAUAACAGACUGUAAAUAAGAUUAUUUUGUAAUGCCAAAAGAAACCAAAUGAGAAUAACUUCUACUUCGCACGGUGUUACGCAUAGUUGAAUGAUGCGUAUGAGAGAGAGAGGGGGGGGGGGAGAGACACACAUGUUUAACGCAUCUAGACACACAUAACACAUACAUACACAUAUACAUACACAUAUAAAUAUACAGAUAUGAAAUAUACCUGCGUGCGCGCGUCGGAUGAUGUUAAGAUGUAUAAUUACACGCAAUGAUCCAUGCGAACUUAUACAGCAUAUUUUAUCCGAGGCACGUUCGUGAUCCGAGAUCGCCCUUGGACAGGGUAUGCUAAAUGGGAAAUUAAAUACGUGCACAACAAUUCGUUCGACGAUACGCGCCGAUUAUAGUUGUACUUUGUUCAGCGGUACGCAACGCCGUGUAGGAUCAAAGUGUGUUCGCUCGGUCGACGAUCGUCCCAAUCAUAUUUUAGUUUUUUUUUUCGUUUUCUAUGUAUAAAUAACGAUCAACUUAUGUUAAGCCUAAGUUAAGUGUCAAUUAUGUCAGAAGUUAAGUAUGAAUUACGAAUUACGCAAUUUCUAUCGUGUAUCCAACGAUAAAGUAACAGAAAACGAGAAAAAGAUUAGCAGUAUCGCGUCUCUCGCCACACAUAGCUCAUUUAUUAACUAAAAUUUGUACUAUGAAAAAGAUGUGUGAGAGAGAAAGUAAAAGAGGGAUAGAAAGAUUUACAUAGAGACGUUGGAUCGAUUAUAAUUGUUAUUAGAAUAUUUGUGCUGCUCUAAUGUAAUCUCGAAAGUGAGAUUCAUGGACGCGCAACAUCUUGUUCCUCCGUUUAUUUUUUUUUUUCUUUUUUUGUAAUGUGUACAUGUGAACAGUGCACAUGAUAUAUUUGUGGAGCGCGCAUAACAAAUCUAACGACGAUCGUAUAAUGUGAUUGCGAAAAUAUGUAUUAUUGCGACAAUGUUUUUAGACAUAGAGUCAAUUUACAAUAGGUGUGGUAAGACUUAAGUCGUAAGAAAUUCGCUGAUUGUAGUCGAUUAUUCUUUUAUUUGAUUGAUUGGUCAAUUUCUUAAAACGGCUUAAGACUUAUUAUAAUCUGUAGAUUGAAUCUUAUGUGUUGGUUUCGAAUGAUUGGAUUGAAAAUUGGCGCGAUAAAAUUGACGCUGCACGUCUUUCACGAUACGGCAGGAAUAUUUUUAAUUCUUAUUGUAGAGGAAAUAGAAAGUUGAGUAGCAGAGUCCGUUUUAUCUCGCUGAUGUGCGUUGUAGUGUAAUUGUCGAGCCUCGUAGCCGAGAAGAGAAGGGAAACAAGGAUAGGAGGGAAGAAAGAGAAAAAAGGAGACAAAGCUAGAUUUCAUUCAACAAUCUUCUUUCUUAUUAAAGACACUUUCCGUUCAUUUUUCGGCUGCGUGGCGUUUAUUCUUUUCAUCGACACAUGUAAUUAACGCAACUGUAUUGUGGGGGACAAUAAGAGCCGUUGAGCGGACCAACGUCGCAGCAAAAACAAGAUUUCUCCUUUUUUACGCAUUUACAAUCUCGCGCUACUGUGUAUAAGAAGUAGCACACAAUCAGGUGAUUAUUUCGACAGAAGCUUUCAGAUUCUCUUUACAGUUCAUUACGAAAAUCGCAAAUAAGCGCAAUUAUGUCUAUUAUGUCAAGUAUUGACAAAUCUUCUUUAAUUCAAAGUUGACGAAAUGAGAAAUGCUUUUUUUAGAUAUAUUUUUCGAUGUUAAACAAUGUAUAGCCAAUCAAUCGACACUGACGUGCUCCUCUCAAUGGCUCUCGUCCAAAAUAAGAAAGUAACGUCCGAACGAUCGUCGGAGAGGAAGGCAGGAGGCAGCCUUCGUCGUAUUGUCGCGAUUAUCGAAUUGCGAUGCGCCGAUGAGACGAACAAGUUGCCGAUUAAGCUCCUAGGAGGAAAUAGUGAAUAAAAGGCUAGUAGCGAAUACGAAUGAGAAUGAAGUAAAAAAAAUGUACAUAAGUAACUCUAGCUGUAAGGACUUUAGAAAAAUAAAAAUGUUUGCACGGCGAGAGACGGAGGAAGGAAUGUAAAACUACCGCUUUCUCGCGUAAUCUUGCGAGUGUUCCCCCGGUCGCGUCCGCGGAGAAGAAACCCUCGUGGGGUUCAUCUUCGGGAUCAUUUCCUCAACAGCAAGAGGAAUGGAACUUUCGGACUCUAGCCACACGGCCCAAUCGCAUAUCUGUUUCGCCACUCUCAGCGAAUCAAGAUGAGAACAUACCCUGGGAAUCCUACUCGCGAAGCACGCAUAUAUUGUAUAUUGUUGCGUCGAAGGUGCGAAGCUCUCGGGAUGUGUAUACCUUUGCAUUAUUCAAAAGUAAAUCGGAGCUAUGAGUUUGAUAUAAGAUAGGAAGAUGACGGAAGCCUAAAUUGCAGCAUAAGCAUAAAAGAAACUUUCUUUAAAUGCUUUUUUUUUUUAAGUUAUUUCUUUCUAUUGCUAUUUCAAUUUACGUAAGUUUCACUUACGAUUCCGUCAUCUUCUCUUUACACUUUCGAUUUGAGUUAGAAUUUUAAUUUUUGCUAGGGUAUGAUAAAUCGACAUCGAUGAUUGAAUGUACGGUACGCACAUAAACGCGCUAGAGAAUUAUUUUGCUCGGGCGUAAAAGAUGAAUCGACAGAUCGUUUUGUGGUUCGAGAGAAUUUGUGUGUUCACGGGAUUUUUACCGAGACACUGUUAACCACGACUACAAUCCACCAUUCUUAUUCGUGUCUUUUCUUUUUCUUAUUUAUUUGUACACUGAAAAGAAAGUUUGGCAAUAACAAUUAAAUCUUGGUGAAAUAAUUUCAGUGAAAUAUUUCAUUAAUAUGACUAAAUAUUCAGUAAUAUUUCAUAGUUAUGAUAAUGGUAAGAAAGCGGUUGAUGAUAAAUAUUACGAAAUAAGUAUUUAUCAAUGUUAUAUUAACCGAAUUGUAUUCUGAUUAUAUCACUUAAUUGACAUUAUUUCACCAAAGCUCUGUGAUAAUCAUCUAAGCUUGAUUGUUGUCACUAAACUCUUCUUUCAGUAUAUUUGUUCGGCACGUUUGAUAUGUUCGACUUGACGGACUUUAUGGUUUCAUGGUUCAUCCAUAAAUUUUGGCACGAGAUGACUUCGUGAUAGUUGAAGUCCGUGACGCGAUCCGGGGGACCCAUUCAACCGAGCCAAGAUUGCCUAGUUUUAAGGCGGCGUUCAAAUUGUCCUUAAUAAAGCAAAGAGGAGUUUUAAAAUUAACUGCCAAAGAUUUUCUUUACCUUCCCCCCCCCCUGUAAACGUUUAAUUUUAUGCCACUUACUCACUACUGACCAGAUUCACCAGACAUUCAAAUUUUAACGAAUGCGAAGGGUGUAGGGGGUAGAAAGAUUCAUGCGCAACUUUAAAGUUGCUUAUGAUGUUAAACGAAUAUACAGCAACGCAAACUUGAAAUUGUUUCGCGCCGUGUUUGUACAGCCGUUUAAUUAUCCCGUAUUUGUUUCUGUGUAGUUAUAAGAUAUAAAUUUAAUAAAGAGAAUAUAAUUCUUCGUCGCUAAGGUA